UAGGAUGCAUCUCCCGGCUCUCUGCUGCGGGGCCUCGCUGCUGCUGCUCGCUCUACCGUGGGCCGGCGCGGAGCCGGCUGGUGGCGAGCACGGCGCGGAGCUGCGGUCCCUGCAGGAUCUCCUGGAGGCGCUGGGACAGCUCCGGGAGGAGAAAGGGGAAUCGGGCCCCGAGGACGAGUCGGCGACCGGGGCUGAGGACGGCGGCUCCGAGUGGGAGCUCCCGGCGCCGGAGGGCGGCCCGCCGGGGACCCCGCUGCCGGCAGAGGGGUGGCAGAGCCAGUGGAGGAGUCUCCUCUCCUCCUACAGACGGAGGCACUUCUCCGGCUGCUUUGGGACGAGGAUGGAGAGGAUCGGCGCGCAGACGGGGCUGGGAUGCAACCAGUACAAAGCCCGUUUCUGGAGGAGAGGGAGAAGCUGAAACCAGGGCCGGCCCCCAGGCGCUUCCAUGCGGGUGUCCAGCAGGCAGACAGUCAGGCUACCCCCGGAGCCUCUGCCAUGGUGUGGUGUGGGGCAUUAAACUUUUGUACAAAGCCUG